AACAUAGACUCUCUUCGGAAUUCGGAUGCACCAGUUGUCCCGUGAUCAUGGAUUAGACGAGGACGAGCUUCCGUUCUGAGGUUUUAUCUCUUUGGUUAUUACAUUCUAAAAAGAGAUGAUGCUGAAGGUAUCACUGCUGAUCCUAUGCAAUGUUUUGGCCUGCACCAGAAGCAGCACCUACGAUGACGACGUCACUUAUGAUACUACCUUCCACAGAAAUCCAUGGGAUGCUGUCAGGGCUAAGGUAAAAUACAACCCGGAGUUUCCAGGGACCCUAAGGGAUACACGUCAUGGUCAUCCAUCAUUAGGAAUGCCCCUGAAAGAUGGCCAAUUAAUACGCGAAAUCUACAACAGCAAAACAAACCUGGGUCCCUCCCUGCAAGAUCGCCGGACUUAUCGUGAAUAUUGGCCGCUACAAUACGAGAACUCGAGGCGAUUUAGCUCAUACGGUCAGGAAUAUUCGGUAGCGAAGAAUCUUGGGCCUUUUCCACUAAUUAUUACGCCAAAAGAAUUCCGUGUUGGUGAGAACUACCACCAGCAAAAUAAUUAUGACUCAAAGCACGAUGUCAGAAAAUACCUUGAAAAGAACGACCCAUUUCCUAAACCAAGAUUUCCUGGCUUACACAGUGAAAAAAUGAAAGAUUUCACACAUGCAGUAAAAGAAAUAAAUCCCGAUAGUACUCAUCCCGUGAAUGAUAAAGGUUUGGUAGUGACUCAUUCUGACCUACGACGCAUGGACGACAGGAAUGAUGUUCAUUUGCGAACACUCAAUAGCAAUAAAUAUGGUAAUGUCAUAAACAGUGAGAAAAUGGAGAAGCUAGAAUCAAGAGGGCUACUAAUGGGAGAGAAGGGGUCUCUUCACAGCCACUGGCCAAACAGCACUGAACUGGACUCGAUUGACUCUCCAGUCUCUAACGUCAACAACAAUCUGAAAAGCUUCUCCUGGACAAACAACCAAAGCCACAUUAAAAGCGAUAACCGUACUGAGGACUUAGGUGCUACAACACAGCAAACUCCAUUUCGUCAGCGGAGUGAAAAACCAGACAAUACUCGACGUAAGAGUGAAAAGUCUUGUGCGCCUUUGGAGAUCAAAGCUAUAAAUUAUAUUUUCCCCAAAUAUUUUUCCGAGGCGUCUCUGCCUUUCUUGAAGUUCCUUAUGGGAUCAAUGUUUCCUUUCUCAAACAUUACAUCCAGUGCUGACAUGACUGACAUUCGAAGACCGUUAUUCCCUAUAGAAGCCGUAUCUUACUUACCCAAUGAAAUUUAUUCUUCAGAAAUGAACUUGACUUUUAAAGAUUCUUUUUCAUCAUUUGAAAAUCUGUUUAGGGCAGCAAGCUCUCAACCCAAUGGAUAUGAUUUCCAAAAUCCAUCUAAAUCCUCCCUUACUGGUUCGAGAAUAUGGUUUUCCAGUCCUUUCCUUCUAACUGGAGAAAAAUUAACCCACAAGACCACAUUCCAUACAACGUUCUUAUAUUGCCUUGGGAAGAAUACAUUGUGAGACAGACACCCAAAAGCAAAAAAGAAAAGCUACUGAAUUUGCAACCAACAGAUAUACACAAUUUUCUGCACUAUUUUCUUAAACAGCUGAAAGAAUCUGAGAUCGAUGCACCCUGGAUGCUGGAUCCUCAUGCAUCCGAUUUAAUAGCCCCUCAAAGGCCCCUUGCUACUUUGCCCACAACUCGUGAUCUUGGUGAACUAUCAGUUUCUAUUCAGGACAAAAGAUUUUAUCUUAUUCCAAAAUUAUUACCUUCUAAGACAAAUUUCCCGUUUUUACCUUUCCGUACUGUGGCUCUGCCUCAGACACCACAACAUUCAAUGAAUGAGAGCCCUGACAUACCAUUUUUCCCAUUGCAAGAUAUUACAAUGCCUGAUAUAUCUAAACCACAGUUUCAUAGAAUAAGUUUCCCAUUCACCCCUUUCUCUUCUACAUCUCACCCAGCACCAGAACUAACACUUCCACCACAAAACAUACACUAUAUCCCUCCGAGACCCAUUUUUAUAGCACAAAAUUUACCUAGAUCUGUAUUUUCAUAUGCACCAAUUUUCAGUGAUAUGACCCCGUUUCAUAGACACCUUUCAGCGCCAAAGCUCACAAAAACAUAUAUUUCCAAGAUUCCAGUGGUAGAGUCUACACUACCUAAACUUCCGUGGCCUAUAAUUCCUAAUAUGACUGUUCCUCGGAAUCCUGUAGCAAAACCACUCACUUUACCUAAUCUACCCGAAAUUUCAAAACCUAUCAUUCGUGAUACACCUAUUACUCGAAUUCCAGUGCAAAAAAAACACUCUUUAGAUAAUUUGCCAGAAAUUUCAAGGCCUAUCAUUUCUGAUAUACCUAUUCCAAGGAUUUCAGCUCCAAAAUCACCCAAUCUGCCUGAAAUACCACACCCUAUAAUUCCUGAUAUACCUGAUCCUCGGAUGUCAGUGCCAAAACCACCCACUCUACCUAAACUACCUGAAAUACCACGUGAGCCUCCGAUUUCAGUGCCCAAACCACCCACGUUACCUAAACUACCUGAAAUACCACGUGAGCCUCCGAUUUCAGUGCCCAAACCACCCACUCUACCUAAACUACCUGAAAUACUACGUGAGCAUCAGAUUUCAGUGCCAAAACCACCCACGUUACCUAAACUACCUGAAAUACCACGUGAGCCUCCGAUUUCAGUACCCAUACCACCCAGUCUACCUAAACUACCUGAAAUACCACGUGAGCAUCGGGUUUCAGUGCCCAAACCACCCACUUUACCUAAACUACCUGAAAUACCACGUGGGCCUCCGAUUUCAGUGCCCAAACCACUCAGUCUACCUAAACUACCUGAAAUACCACGUGAGCAUCGGAUUUCAGUGCCCAAACCACCCACUCUACCUAAACUACCUGAAAUACCACGUGAGCCUCCGAUUUCAGUGCCCAAACCACCCACUCUACCUAAACUACCUGAAAUACUACGUGAGCAUCAGAUUUCAGUGCCAAAACCACCCAGUCUACCUAAACUACCUGAAAUACCACGUGAGCAUCAGAUUUCAGUGCCCAAACCACCCAGUCUACCAAAACUACCUGAAAUACCACGUGAGCAUCGGUUUAGUGCCAAACCACCCACUUUACCUAAACUACCUGAAAUACCACGUGGGCCUCCGAUUUCAGUGCCCAAACCACUCAGUCUACCUAAACUACCUGAAAUACCACGUGAGCAUCGGAUUUCAGUGCCCAAACCACCCAGUCUACCAAAACUACCUGAAAUACCACGUGAGCAUCGGGUUUCAGUGCCCAAACCACCCACUUUACCUAAACUACCUGAAAUACCACGUGGGCCUCCGAUUUCAGUGCCCAAACCACUCAGUCUACCUAAACUACCUGAAAUACCACAUGAGCAUCGGAUUUCAGUGCCCAAACCACCCAGUCUACCUAAACUACCUGAAAUACCACGUGAGCAUCAGAUUUCAGUGCCCAAACCACCCAGUCUACCAAAACUACCUGAAAUACCACGUGAGCAUCGGAUUUCAGUGCCCAAACCACCCAGUCUACCAAAACUACCUGAAAUACCACGUGAGCAUCAGAUUUCAGUGCCCAAACCGCCCACUUUACCUAAACUACCUGAAAUACCACUUGAGCCUCCGAUUUCAGUGCCCAAACCACCAAGUCUACCAAAGCUACCUGAAAUACCACGUGAGCCUCCGAUUUCAGUGCCCAAACCACCCAGUCUACCAAAGCUACCUGAAAUACCACGUGAGCCUCCGAUUUCUGUGCCCAAACCACCCAGUCUACCAAAGCUACUUGAAAUACCACGUGAGCCUCCGAUUUCAGUGCCAAAACCAGCCACUUUACCUAAACUACCUGAAAUACCAAAGCCUAUAAUUCCAAAUAUACCUGAUCCUAGGAGUUCAAUGCUUAGGCCAUCCACUUUACCUAAAGCACCUGAAAUUCUGUCGCCUAAAAUUAGUGAUCUACCUCUUCCUCAGAUUCCAGUGCUAGAACCACGCAGUGCACUGAAACUACCUGAAAAUCCACGGCCUAUAGUUACCGAUAUACAUGUUCCUCAGAUUCCAAUGUUAAAAUCAUCAAAGUUACCUGAAAUUCCAUGGCAUAAAAUUAGUGACAUUCCUGUUCCUCAGAUUUCAGGGCUAAAACCACCCAGUAUACCAAAUCGUGUGUUUGAAACCUCAAACUUCCCAGGUACAAUUCCUGCAAAACCUCAAAUUCCUCAAUCUAACCUCGCCUCUAAAUUACCAAAAAUUCCAAGGUCUAAGCUCCCAGAUCCAUCUAAUCCUCAGAUCCCAGAGAUAAGAUCACCCAAUUUAACUGAACCUGUCUUUCACAUGUCAAAUGUCCGUGACAUGACCCAUAACUUACCAACAGGGCCAAUAUUUGAUACAUCAAAUCAUAAUUAUGUAAAUCCUCAUUCACCUGAAAUUCCACAGCUUAAACUUUCAAAUGUAUCCUCACCACCGAGUCCAAGACUAAAACCUCUCAAAUAUUCUAAACCACUGUUUAACCCUUCAAAUAUUCGUGAUAUAAACCCUCAGAUACCUAAAGUUCCACAGCCUAAGCUCCCCAAUAUAUCUUUCCCACAGAUUCCUGAACCACGAUUUAAUAUCUCAAUAAUAUCUAACAAACCUUUUCAUCGAACACUGAGAUUUUCACCUCAAUUUCCUGAAUUAGAAAAGAAUAACUUCCCAACAUCAGUUUCCCAAGGGGUAACUCCUCAAAUGCCUGAAAUAACAUCUAUCAACACUACUUCCUAUAAAAUUUCAGAUUUCAGACUACAGAAUUUACUGGGCUUAAAAAAGAGAAACACGUCAAACCACAAUGGUUAUUCGAGCAAAAAUCCAAGGAAUUCUCCAAUACUAGAAUUAGAGAAGGUUCAGCAUUUUAACUUGACCUUCCCUAAUGAUCCAAAAUCAGGAACUCCAACUGAAAAAGACCGUUUCUCCGAUUCGUGGUUUAACAAAUUAACAGAUUUAGAAAAGAAUAAAUAUUUAUACUUAAAUUUCCAUAAUGUUCCUACAUUCAGAGUACCAGAUUUGCCAAACUUGAAUAUAACAACUACUUCUAACUUCAGUUCUUUACCCUUCCCAGAUUCAUGGUUCGAACAUAUGUCAAGAUCAGGAAAAAAUAAAUAUGCCAAUUUAAAUAUCCGUACCUCUCCUGAAUAUACAAAAGGAAAUGUAACAGGCUUAGAAAUUCCUGAUAUGUAUAACAUCAAUUCUUUCCUUUACCCACAUUCUGAGAUUCAUAAAAUACCUGAAUCAGAAUGGAAUAAAAAUUCUAACUUAACUUUUCUUAACAUUUAUGGAUUUACACCACCAAAUUUCGGCAUACAAUUUCCAAUGUCCAAUAUCAGUUCUUUUAUUUUCCCAUAUUCAUGGCUUUCCCAAAUACCUGAAUCAGAAAGGUAUAAAUAUUUUAACUUGACUUUCCCAAAUAUUCCGGGAUUUACACCACCAAAUUUACAUGACUUACAAUUUCAUGGAUAUGUCCAACAUCAGUACUUUUAAUUUCCCUUAUUCAUGGCUCUACCAAAUACCUGUAUCAGAACCUUUCCCUAAUGUUACGGGAUUUACGCCACCAAAUUUACCUGGCUUACAAUUUCCUGAUAUAUCCAACAUCAGUUCUUUUACUUUACCAUAUUUAUGGCUUUCCCAAAUGCCUGAAUCACAAAGGUAUAAUUAUUCUAACUUCACUUUCCCUAAUAUUACGGGAUUUACACCACCAAAUUUACCUGGCUUACAAUUUCCUAAUAUGUCCAACAUCAGUUCUUUUACCUUACCAUAUUUAUUACUUUCCCAAGUACCUGGAUCACAAUUGAAUAAAUAUUUUAACUUGACUUUCCCUAAUACUCCUGGAUUUACACCACCAAAUUUACCUGGCUUACAAUUUCCUAAUAUGUCCAACAUCAGUUCUUUUACCUUACCAUAUUUAUUACUUUCCCAAGUACCUGGAUCGCAAUGGUAUAAAUAUUUUAACUUGACUUUCCCUAAUAUUACAGGAUUUACACCACCAAAUUUACCUGGCUUACAAUUUACUGAUAUGUCCAACAUCAGUUCUUUUACCUUACCAUAUUCAUUGCUUUCCCAAGAACCUGCAUCACAAUGGUAUAAAUAUUUUAA